UAGAUCAAAUAACAAAUAGCGCAGUGAGCAGGGACGACCUCAGGAUGCAGAACGACGCCGGCGAGUUUGUGGACCUGUACGUGCCGCGGAAAUGCUCCGCAAGCAACCGCAUCAUUGCUGCCAAGGACCACGCGUCCAUCCAGAUGAAUGUGGCCGAGGUUGAUAGGACCACAGGCCGGUUUAAUGGCCACUUUAAAACUUACGGCAUCUGCGGGGCCAUUCGCAGGAUGGGCGAGUCAGAUGAUUCUAUUCUCCGAUUGGCUAAGGCUGAUGGAAUUGUCUCAAAGAACUUUUGAGCAGAAGAAAUCGGGAAUUUGUUACAAAUAAUAGUUUUAAGUACCUGUGA